AUGUCAAUCACAAAUAUUAUUUGGGCCAAAGGAUCCUCGGCGAGUGCCGGCUUGAACGACCUGGUGUUCCGCGACGCCGACUCCUGGGGAACCGGCUCCAACAUCACCACCACCCUCCUCAAUAACAAGAACGAGGAGAAGGCCUGCCACAUCCAGAACGCGUCCCCAAGCACUGCCAUGUCACGCCACCAGAAGGCGCACCGGUUAAAUCUGUGGGCGUCGACAGCCCAAGCCACCUAUCCGCUGUUUAUAUUGACUUAG